UGGGCCCCCCAGCAGAUGGGACUUAUGCGGUGACUAACGCCGGGUCGAACUCAUAUCUGGCUUGGCGUCAUGUCCGGAGCACGAGGAAAUUUCGAUAAGGUCUUGCAUAGGGCUUGGGAUAUUGGAGUCGCACAAGACUUUCGGCGGAGAGAGAAAUGAUAAGAGUAGCUGGGAGCUGUGUCCUCCUGUAGAGGCCACUGAUACAUCUCUUCUGCUGUCUCUGACUUGAACUGACGUUUCAACAUGAGUCAACCAGCCGUCCCGCUCGACUACGAGUCUGCUGCUCUGCCAGCGACAGGUCUCCCAACCCACCAAGUGGAACCAAGUACUGACCGUACUGCGGUUCCUUCCCCAAUGACGGUGAAUGAAAAGUCGAAGAAGGGGUACGACCCCGCCGACAUGGACAAGGUAGUCGUCUCUGCCGCCAUAGACUUGGAAACGGAGGACACUCCCUCAGAGCAAGAAAUGAGUACCCUGAGAAAGGUUUCUGCGCCUCUGCCCUGGGUAGCAGUCGCCAUGUGUCUGAUCGAAUUCGGCGAGCGCGCUUCUUACUACGGUUCAAAGGGACCUUUCAACAACUUCAUCAACAAUCCUCUACCUGAAGGAGGUAAUGGUGCCGGUGCUGUGGCACCUGGUGCUGCUGGGAUCAAUCAGAGUGCCGGAGCUUUAGGCAAAGGUUCGGUGGCUGCUUCAGCCCUUGUGAACAUGUUCGACUUUUUGGCAUACGUCAUUCCGAUCUACGGAGCCAUCGUGGCAGAUACUAAAUGGGGUCGAUUCAAGACUAUCUGUGUCGGUACGGCCGUUGGUGGGAUUGCACACAUCAUCCUCGUCAUUCCCGCGAUUCCAGCGGUCAUUCAAAAUCCUAAUGGAUCUCUCGGAGCUUUCAUCAUCAGUAUCGUCUCCCUUGCCUUCGCAGCGGGAUUCAUCAAGCCCUCCUUGGGACCUCUGCUCUGUGAUCAAUCCCCCGUCAAGGUUCCAACGCUCAAAACGCUCAAGAGUGGUGAACGAGUCAUUGUGGACCCUUCGGCUACAGUCGAGAGGUACCUCUUGAUCUUUUACUGGUGCAUCAACGUCGGAGCGUUUUUCGCCCUUGCCACGUCGUACUCGUCCCGAUUAGUCGGCUUCUGGCUGGCGUUCUUGAUCCCCGGUAUCAUCUACAUCCUCAUGCCUGCUGUACUCGUGAUCGCCUCAAAAGGCCUGUACAAAGCUCCACCUCAAGGCAGUGUUGUGCUCGAGGCUAUAAAGGUCUUUAGGGUCCUGCUCUCUGACGGAGGCUGGAAGCGCAUGUGGAAAGGUGGAGACGACUUUUGGAACAGGGCAAAGCCGACUUUCAUCUAUGAUCGUGACGGAGAGCUAGACCUGAACAAGGUUUUCUGGGACGACAAAUUCGUUGAUGAGAUCAAACAAUCGAUCCACGCCUGUCAAGUUUUCCUCCUUAUUCCCUUCUUCGCCAUGGCAGAUGGCGGCAUCGGUAACUCGGUCAACUCCAUGUCCACCGCAAUGACAUUGAAUGGAGCCCCCAACGAUUUGAUCUCAAAUUUCAACCCUUUGGCCUUGAUUGUCUUUACGCCUCUCGCUACGUACUUCAUUUACCCUUUCUUCACCAGGAUCGGUCACCCUUUGAAACCCAUGACCAGGAUGUGUGUCGGAUUCUUGAUGGCUAGUUUCGGUGAUAUCUGUGCAGCCCUAGUUCAAUGGCGGAUCUAUAAGACUUCACCUUGCGGAUGGUACGCUUCUACCUGCGCCGAAGUGUCUCCCGUCGCAAUCUGGUGGCAGAUUCCAAUCAUCAUGAUCCCAGCAGCUGGAGAAAUCUUUGUCAAUGUCACAAGCUAUGAACUGGCUUACACCCGAUCCCCAGCCCGAAUGAAGGGUCUCGUCUAUGCUAUGGCCCUGUUCAACUCUGCCAUCUCGGCAGCUCUGUCGCUAGCACUUGCCAAUGCGAUUCAAGACCCAUGGUUGAUUUGGCCCUGGACAGCAUUGGCAGUCAUCACAUUCUGCCUUGCAUGGGUCUUCCCAACCUACUUUCGUAACCUUAAUGAGCCUCAAUCCGACUUUGCAAACAAAGACAGGAUGGAAGGUCGAUUGCAACCGAAAGUCUUGGCUGGAAAGGAGAGUGAACCGUAGAUCAGGUAGAUUGUCGAAGAGAUGUCGACACACAUUCUGUGGCGCCACGACGGCCACUCGGAUCACAUACCUCCAGUGUUAAUUACCGUGAUUCAGGUUUGAUUGCUUUGUAAAGGAUGCAGCAAAGACGUGCUCAAAG